CACGGCUCGCAAAUUUGAUAGAAAGCACGAAACGAAGGCGAAUUUGCGGCAAUGUCUAGCCCUAUGAGUCCUUCGUACGGCGUAGUAAGCGCGGCCUGCAAAGUUAAGCCUAUCACACUGACACUCACAUUAUUCGAGACGAGGUCACAAUGCGCUCAUUUUCCGAAAACCGGGGUAAUCUGAGACACCUGAUUUCAGCACUAAAACAGCCUCAAAAAGCGACUAGAACGCAUUGCCUUGCGGCAUAUUAACGUCAUAUAUCAUUAACAAUAUAAUAAGCAGCCGGAAACCUGCCAAUGGUCACAAGCCCUGCUUCACAAGGUGAGAUCCGCAUCACAUCAUCAUGUGCACAGCUCCACUCGUCCACUGACACCGAUUCGCAUUGUCACAAUAUGAACUGAUAAAUAUGUAUGAUAAGAAACCUGCUUAUGCAAUGCGCGCUCUCUCCCGGCUCUCCUUGAGACAAGCCUCAGGCCUCCUCGCUGCCCACACUCAUGCCGCUCGGCUCACUGACUUCCGACUCAGAAUCACUCUUCUUCCCACGACCCUUCCCGCGGCCCCUCCCACGACCCCUCCCCCGGCCCCUCCCGCCACCCCUGCCACUGGCACCGGCCCUGCCACCCCCGCUGCCACUGGCACCGGCACUGCCACCACCCCUCCCACUGCCACCGCCACUGCCGCCACCCCUGCCACUGGCACCGGCACUGCCACCACGACCGCCGCGCCGUCCACCUCCAGAAGCUGCUUCUCCUUCGGCUGUUCCUGUUGCGUCUGCGUCAGCAGUGGUGUCGUCGUUAGCAUCUGCACCAGCAUCUGCACCAGCGACGGCGGCGGCAGCAGCAGCAGCAGCAGCAGCAGCAAUCUGCGCUGCCGUAGCAGCAGCGGCUUGCGCAAGUGCAGCGGCCAGGAUGUCCUCUGGCAGAAACUGCUCGUAUGCGUCGAGCCGUGUCCGAAGGAUUGUGUUGAUCGACACCAGCUGGCUGCGGUUCAUACCGGCCACAGCUUGCCGCCCCUCCAACAAGCGCUGCCGCUCGGCCUCCACAGCGGCUGCCUUCUCCUGGCGCGCACGCUCCCUUGCCUGCCGCUUCUCCUCAAUGCUGCGCUCUUCCGCUGCCCGCUUCUCCUCCUCCUCUCGCAGCUGGGACGCGAAGUCUUGACCAGUCAGCAGCAGGGGUAUCUUCACGCGGCGGGAUGGUCCUUCUUUCUCAGCUGGCAAGGGCGGCACCUGGACGAUUGCUGCCAGCUGCGAUUGCACGUCCGGCGCAUCGUUUCCGCCCUCGAGCUGUAACGCAGCUGUCGCGAGGGCGUCAAGACCCAUUGCCGGCUCAUCAUCUGCGUCGUCGCUGGUCUCCUCUGGGUCGCUCAGUACAGGGUUGCAGCUCGUGCGUGCACUUGCCAGGAAAGGCCAGUAUCUCGAUACCCAGCCGCUUAGCCUUGGCGAUGACGUCCGGGUGCUUGCGUGAGCUGUGACCAUCGACUACCAGUCCGACGGGAUUCUCUGGGCUGACACCGCCAGGCAACGAAGAAGGCCCGGACAACCUCUGGCGUGCAGGCAGCAAUGCGGUCCGCCUCAUCCACCUGACAGCUGCGGAGGCGGAGAUUGUGGCGGUCCUUGAAGCCGUACCACCAGUCCUCGCUUGCGAUGCCGUCAGGCCAUCUGGGUUGACGCUCGGCUGCCUUAGCUUCCACGGCCUCCAAUUCCGCUGCAACGCGUCGUACGUUGUUGAUACUUGGUGUGAGACGGCGAAGUCCCAUGUCCUUGAUGUACGUCAGAAGCAUCUGUGAUGUGGGUUUGGUGUUAUGUACACAGCUGCAAGACAUUUUGGCUCUUUUGAGGGGUUUACCUGCUCACUGACAGAUGAUAAGGCUGUUGGCGGUCCGGGUCGUGCACCGAUCUGCUGCUUGUUGCUGGCGUAGCGGGCGAAUGUGGCAGGAUGGAUGCCACAGUGCAUUGCGGCUUUCCUGCCGCUGCAUUUUGUUCGUCUCAUGAACUCCAAACCCUCCGCAAGCUCUUCGUCCGUCCAUGUCUUCAGCUGUUUUACUGGCUUUUCUGCAGCUGGCUUCGCGGCUUUGCGCUUCUUUGUGGGCAUCGCCUCUGGAACUACAGUCCAUAACGAUCUAGCAGGUCUCUAAGGAUUUGGCAGCGUGCGGCAGUAACAAGUAAAAGGCUUC